UAUUAAUUUCAGAUGAAUUAUGAUGGACGAAUAAUAAUUAAAAAUGAUGAGUCCAGUAUUCCUGAAGAUUUUAGAAAAAUCACUCAAACAUUUAUUUCCAACCCAAGACCCGACGUUGAAGCAACCGUUGUCACCAAAUCCCACAUAAUAGAGCUUAAAAACGGAAUUAUUUGGCGAACAUCAAUUCUACCUGAAGAUUUACCGAGCAUUGACAAGAUUGAUGUUUACCACGGAAUAGGUUGGUUUUAUGUUCUGGAGUGUGAAGAUAUCCUGGUUCUUAUCUCUUGCUCCGAUCUUACUGAAAGGAGAAGGUUUAGUGAAGUCUCAAGCUACAGAAUAGGAGAUUUCUUGAAUAUAAACAGAUCCCUUCUCUUUCUUCAUGUAAGACUUGAUGACUCAAUUCUUACUGAUGGGAACACAGACUUCGACACUGCACAGGUUUGGCCUCCUUCAGCCGAGCAGAAAAAGCUUCAGAAAACUUUAAAACAAAGACUUGAUAUUACUAGAAGAGGGCUGGAGAGUUCAAGAAAUGAAUUGAAUGCAACAAAACUUUUUAUCCAAGAAACAAUCAGAAGACUUUCUGCAUCAGCUUAUAAUGUUCAACCUAUACAGGAAAGCUCCUUGCAAAACCUUGUAAAUUCAACCCAGAAGAAGGAACAGGAUAAAGAGCUGCAUCAGCAAUCUGCUAUUAAGUUUGGUUUGAGCCGGGUUCGUGUUGUUGGGAAGAACCUGAUAAUCCUGGUAGAUAUUGAGACCCUGGAUCCUGUUCAAGGGUUGAGGUUGGAACUAUUGAGUAGGGAGGAUACAUGUAUAGAAUAUAGAGCAACUUGUUUAGUUCUCAGUAACCAAGAUGGUCGGUUGUAUCCGGAGUUUUGUGAAAAGCUCGGAGAUAACGAGAGAGGAGUUGGAGUUCUUAUUCUUCCUCAAUCCGUCCUUGCUUGCUUCAGAUCUCAUUCGUUAUCUUUAUCUCUCACAGUGAACCAUAAUCAAGGUAGAUCAUCAAUAGAGCAAAUAGUUCUGCAGACGGAUCAAUUGUUAAACGACCAGCCAGUUCUUAAUCCUCUCUCAACAGAAUUUUUGCCAGAUUUCCUCGCAUUUUUUGUUAACGGAAUCCGGGAAAAACUGGAGAUCUCAACGGAACUGGGAACACUAGAGAGUUUUCAUAAAAUAAUUCCAGAUUUAGGAUUCGAAUCUUUUCAACUUGGAACAAGUAAAGGAUACUUUUGCAGGGAUCCUGGGAAGUAUUUCUAUGGAACUUUUAUACUUAAUACCUCUAAAUCAUUUCAGAGAAUGUUUGUUGAUAUGUACUGUAGAGACUAUUCUACCCUUGGAACUAUUGUUAAACUAAUGAGAUCUAAACUGCCCUGUGAUACUAAGAUAAAACAAAGAUGACACGUUUCAGAAAAA